AUGGCGCAGUUCAGGCAGCAGUACGGCGGCGGCUUCUCCGACUCCCGCGGCCACCACAACCACCAGGCGCUCCCGGACUGGCACCGGCCCCACCACGCCUCCGCCAAGCCCUCCUCCCGGAUCCGCCGCCCCGGGAAGCCCGCGCCGCGCCGCCGCUCGCCGGCGGCUGCCGCUGCCGUCGCCGCCGCGCUCCUCCUCCUCGCCGCCGUCUUCCUCCUCUCGCGCCGCAUCUCGCGCAGCCCCGCAGAGAUCAGCCAAGAUUCGAGCGCCGGGGAGGCGUUGCCGGAGUGGAACCAGAGCAAGAGCUGGAAGGAGCUCAAGUUCGGGCACGGCGGGGGCGGCCGGAGCGCGCGGGACUCCAGGUACUGGGACCGGGACGAUAGGCGCCGCGACGAGGACUACACGGAGGACGAGAAGGAGAAGAUCUCGGUGGAAGUGGGACCUCUGCCGAUGCUGGCAGCAGCGGCGACAAAGGAUGUUCCAGAGGCAUCUGAAGGUGGGAAAGGAGGGACCUUGUACAAUGAGGGUGGCAGGAAGGAGUUGGAGCAGUAUGAGGCUGCAGCCAUGGGAGGCACAGGGACAGGGGUGAGGGAGGUUGAUCCAGAUGAUGAGUAUGAUGAUGGCAUCGAUGCGCAGGAUGAUCUGGAGGAUGCUCACCUGCAUUCAUCUGAUGGUGGGAGGAAGCUUGGUGGUGGCAGCCAUGAGAGUGCUGAGAAGAAGGACGAGGUCGCCACUGAGAGGCACACAGAAGCAGGUGGAGGGAUCGCUGGUAGUCAUGAUAUUAGUAGCCCAGACAAAAAGAAGGUUUCAGGUACUGGAGAUAAGAAGCACGUGUCCAAGAAGAAACCGAAACGUAAGAAGUCUGGUUCAACUUGUGAAAUGAAGUUUCUCAACUCAACUGCUCAACUUGUGGAGCCUGCAAGAAAUGAGAAAUUCGCUAGUUUUAAUUUGGAGUAUGUAGAAGUUGAAGAAAGACCUAUUGGAUCAGAAUAUUGGGAACCGAGAUUUGCCGGCCACCAAAGUCUGCAAGAAAGAGAGGAGUCAUACAAAGCCCAUGACCAACAGUUGAAAUGUGCUUUUGUUAAGGGUCCAAAUGGUACAAGCACUGGUUUUGAUUUAUCUGAUGAUGACCGAAAGUACAUGAGUAAAUGCCACAUUGCUGUAUCAUCCUGCAUCUUUGGAAAUUCUGAUCGACUGAGGACCCCAUUUGGCAAAACGAUUACAAGCCUCUCAAAGAAGACAGUUUGCUUUGCUAUGUUUUUGGAUGAAGUGACAUUGCAAACAUUAGAAUCUGAAGGCCAGAAAAUGGACAGCAUGGGUUUCAUUGGUAUAUGGAAGAUCAUAUUGAUUAAGAAUAUGCCGUAUAAUGACACGCGUAGAGUGGGGAAAAUACCAAAAUUUUUAGCACACAGGCUAUUCCCAUCAUCGAGGUUCUCAAUCUGGUUAGACAGCAAACUGAGACUACAAACUGAUCCUAUUCUUAUCCUAGAGUAUUUUCUCUGGCGGCAUGGUUAUGAAUAUGCUAUUUCCAAUCACUAUGAUCGGCAUUGUGUCUGGGAGGAAGUAGCACAAAAUAAAAAGUUGAACAAGUUCAAUCAUACAAUAAUUGAUCAGCAAUUUGAGUUUUACCAAGCGGAUGGACUGACAAAGUUCAACCCAUCAGAUCCUAACAAGCUGCUACCAAGCUAUGUCCCUGAAGGAUCUUUUAUCGUGAGAGAACACACACCAAUGUCCAACCUAUUCUCUUGCCUGUGGUACAAUGAGGUUGAUCGUUUCACACCCCGUGAUCAGCUCAGCUUUGCAUAUACAUACUUAAAACUAAGAAGGAUAAAUCCUGACAGACCAUUUCGUCUCAACAUGUUUAAGGAUUGUGAGAGGCGAUCAAUAGCGAAGCUAUUCCAUCAUCGAUCAGAAGAGAGACACAGUGGUGCACAACUAACAAGAUGA